GCAGCUCCCGGAAGUACCUGCUGCUGUUCCACGUCUGUCAGAUUUACCCGGGCUGAGUCAAUAGUGACCACCAGGUGAGACUGUAUCCACCUGUUAGCUGGGGUGUUUUCUUGCUCUCAGCCUGGGAUCACAAUGUCCAAUUCGAAGAAGUAAAAAGAAAGACACAAAUGGAAAAUGCAAAGCAAUGGAAGUUGCGAUGGUGACCAGGUCGUGUGCAAUGGCCACUUACAAGAGAAUGAGGAAAUCCCACUGGCUGCACUGUCUCGGGUGGUUAUUUAUGCUGGUACCAGUGCCUACAUACUGUGCAGAAACAACACAAACUACAUCUGUUUUGAAACUCUCAGAAGAUAGUACAGUCAAAGAUUUCAUUCGAUUCAUUAAUGCAACUGACAUGGUGGUGGCCAAGUAUAAACUUUCUAUUCAAUAUUUAUGUUCUGAACCUAGUACUGUUGGUGUUGAGGUGAUAGUUUCAACUGAUGUCAAAAUUGGAGUCACCAUUUACAAGAAAAAAUGGAAAUGUAAGAAACAUCUUGAUACCUCCAGCAAUCGGACUCUGUGGGUGAAAUUUCCAAGCAUCAUGUUAUACAGACCUGACUAUUUCAUUAGACAAUCUGUUGCUGUUAGCAGUGUAAUAUUACGAGCCUGGAUUAUAAAUACCAAUUUGGGAGCUCACGAGAAUCAUAAGGCAACUUUUUAUGAACAAGCUCUGGUUAGAACCUACAAAUUGCUGAAGACAUUCAGUCCUUUUGAAAGGCCUUACAAAGAUCAUAAACAUUGCCUUCGGUGGGACACAGAGAAGAUACAAACAAUAAAAGAAAAGCAUAUACCACAGUGCUUGCUUGAAAAUGAUGUUGUGGAGCUACUUUCUUUUCCAUUUGCAUCAACAGGCUUGAGUGAUGGAAUAACAAAAAGACUAAAAAAAUUUAAUAACCUAGAAAUGGAAAUGACUGGUAAACAACUUAUCAAUAAUCCAAGGUUCAUUGUAUCAAUCUGGAUUUAUGUACUCCACACAUGCAAACAGCAUCUUUGUGGGAUCUUCCAUCAGGUCAAUGAAAAUCAGAAGUAUGGCACCCCAUUGCUGUUUCUUACAACAAAUGGUAAUAUUCACUUUCAGGUGGCAUUGUCCACUGGAAAAUAUGUUGCAGGAAUAUCAAAAUUCAGACUGGCAUUGAGGCGAUGGUGUCGACUGGAUUUCAUCAUGCAAGGCAAACAAAUGACUUUGACAGUCAGCUAUGGAGAAAAACUACUAGCCAGAGAAGAUGCAUUUUACACCUUUCCUGGAGAUGUUCACCACAAUGUUUCAGCUGGAUACUUUGUACUUGGAGGCAGCCACCACAUACGGAGUUUUGAGGGAUUCCUUGGUCCUGUGAAAAUUUACCGGGUCAUAGAUCAAAAAGGAAGAAAGAUUUCAAAUCCUCUUGUAACUGCUCACAAUAUCGACAAACAUAUUGAUCAGUACUAUCAAAAAUGUAAAUGUCUCAAUACACUCAUCAUCAAGCAUUUCAAGUCCCUUGGAUUACACAAGAAAAUUGAGCAAAAGAAUAGAAACAGGAAUUACUAUUUACAGUUGCUGAAUAAAUAUGGGCCCAUAAGCACUGAUGACAAUAAAUGCCCAGUGCUGCCUUGGGGAAAAAGAACAGAGAAACGCAAUGAGACAUUAUUUGAUCUACUUCAAACAAUGUCUUCAGAGUCAUUUGAAGAUUUCACUCAUUUACCAAAUUUACAUUCCAUACUUCUUAAAAUUGGUGAGAAACUCUUUUGGAAAACAAUGAAGAAACUUAUUGGUGCAAAUGGUAUCAGGCAGAUUGGUGACCUGAUCCCUUCAUUAAGAGAAGCCAGCUGCUGUGGUUAUUAUAAAGCAGCCUACUUGCUGGGAGUCAUUUUUGAGACAGGUCUGGGUGUGGAAGUACAACCCUCAAAGGGCAUGCUGUACAGUCUGGUUGCUGCACAAGGAAAUGACAGACUUGCAUUAAUGCAUCUUGGAUACAAGCAUGAUCAGGGUAUUGAUGGUUAUCCCUUGGACUACGAUGCAUCAUAUGGUUACUACUUAAACAUUGCGCAACACACAAUUAAAGAUAGGCAUGUAUUUGAUGGAGAACAGGCUUUUGUUGAACCUAUAAGGUUAAUGGAUGAUUCAGUUUUGCAGCGUCAAACAAAAGAAAACCAUGACCUCUUCAUAUGGCUUAGAUACCAGGCAAACCGUGGAGAUGCAUUUGCUCAGCAAAAACUUGCAAGAAUGCUUUACUGGGGCCAGCAGGGUAUAACACGUGAUGUGCAAGCUGCAUUGAAAUGGUAUUCCAGAAGUGCAGUGGAAUCAAGAAAUCCAAUAUCAUUGUUUGAGUAUGGACUUUUUCUUAUUAAGGGCCAAGGUGUGAAAAAGAAUACAAAGUUAGGUUUAAAAUUGAUCAAUGAAGCUGCCUCCAGGGGAUCCCAUGAAGCACUUAAUGGUUUGGGAUGGUAUUAUGAAACCUAUAAAAAGGAUUUUGUGAAAGCAGCAGCAUAUUGGGAAGAAGCAAAGAAAAUGGGCAAUCUCGAUGCAUUUCAUAAUCUUGGAGUGCUUUAUGAGAGUGGAAAAUAUCCCGGCAAACCCAUUAAAAAUGUGACUGAAGCAUUUCAAUACUACUAUAAAGCUGGAUCUGGCGGACAUCUUGAAAGUCUAGUUCGCUGCUCCUUCUUCUGGAGUACAGGAAAUUUUGGAUCUAUUCCACACAACCCCAAACAGGCAGUCCUUUGGGCCAGAUUUGUCGCUGAGCAGAAUGGGUAUUUGGGUUAUCACAUGAGAAAAGCUCUGGAUGCCUAUCUUCAGAGAUCCUGGAAAGAAGCUCUGCUGUAUUUCCUCAUCACAGCAGAAACUGGAAUCGAGUCAUCCCAGACAAACAUUGCCUAUCUCUGUGAAGAAAAACCACUCAUAAGCAGAUGUGUUGAUUAUACCUGGAGAUAUUAUAAUUUAUCAGCUUUUCAGCAAACUACACAGCCUUUUGUUCUGGUGAAAAUGGGCGAUUUCUACUAUUAUGGCCAUAAGAGCCAUGAAAAGGACAUUGAGCAAUCAAUUAAUAUGUAUGCCUCUGCUGCCUUAUGGAAUUAUUCUCAAGCAUUUUAUAACUUGGGCUCACUGGCAGAGGAGGGUCUUCACAUUCCAGAGAGUGUUUUAGAUCUCCUGAACAUGAACACAAGAAAAUGGUCCAACGACAUCACACUGCAGCAGGAGUUAUAUAAGAGGUGUAUAACCGCUAAUGUUGAAGAGGCUUUUAUCCCAUGCUCGAUAGCUUUGCUUCGUGUUCACCUGAAAACAAUGUGGAUGAAUAACUACUCUCCAGCUUUGUUAUAUACUGCAAUCUCAAUCCUCCUGUCAACACUGAUUUGUUUUGCUGUGAAGUGCUACUGGAACUCCACAGCAGUGGCCUCCACCACAAGUGUAAAUGAACAUCCUCCAGAUUUGAAUUCUUCCAGUGAAAAUAUUCAGACAGGUGAGGCAAUGGCCGAAGAAGCAUCAUUACGUUAAACUGUGACAGGAUCUCCAGAACUGAAUGAGACAAGGCCUAUGGAGCAAUUGCAUCACAGGCAAUUUGAUCAGUCUUAUUAAGAAGAAAUUAAUUGAAUGCAUCACUGUUGGGAAUAUUUCUACCCAUUGAAAAGUCACACAGAAUUGAUCUACACCAUUAGUUUUGCGCCACAUGAACCACUUCCCACUCUAUUGAAUCCUAUCAACAUAUUCAUCUAUUCCAUUAUUUCUGAUGUAUGUAACCAGCUUCCUUUAAAUGCUUUCAUUAAUUGCCUCAAAUACUGAAUAUGGGAUCAGGUUCCAUGUUCUUACCAUUCCCUGGGUAAACAAGUUUCUUCUGAAUUCCUCAUUACAUUUAUUAAUAAUUGUCUGAUGUUUAUAAUCUCGAAGUUUUGUACUGCCACACAAGUUGAAAUAUUUUCACUAUGUUUAUCCUAUUAAACUCUUCAUAAUUAUUGGAAUCUUUAUCCGGAUGUCCACAGCCGUAAGAGCCCCAGUCUAUUCUAUCUUUCCUGAUACAUUCCAGCUUCUUAGUUCCGGUAUCCUCAUAACUCUUUUUAUAAGCAUGAAGACCAGAGCUUCGAUGAAUAUCCUAUUUCUGGUCUAGCCAAUAUUCUAUGCACUUUUAAAACUACUUCAUUGCUUCUUUGUUCUAUUCCUUUUGUAAAGUUUCCACAGUGCUUUGUUCAUAACAUUCAUAGAUUUGUCAACUGGUAUUUAAAUGUUUUACAGUUCUGUAUUCCCCCAUCCCUUUGUUCUUCUUUACCAUUUACACAUUUUUAUGAAUAUAGGGAGUUAAUGGAUGUAUUUUUUUUUAAUUACAUAUGGAGAACCUGUGGCUAGAAAUCACUGACAUAAAGGUAUAUUUUGUAUAAUGCAUCCCAUCAGCCAAUGAAAAUAUUGAUUAAUUUUAUGCAGAUUUUCAAUUGAGCUAAAUUAUUUGGUCAAAUUGGUAAAAAUAGUUAAAUGUUAAUUUAAUCUAAAUAUUGAAAACAGUGAAUAAUUAUUUGCUUGAUUUAAUUACUUAUAGGUAAUCAUUGCCAAAAAUCCAUUGUUGCCCAUUAAAUAAAGUCAUUUUUUCACAGUUAAUUUUCUCUCAAUAAGGAUAGAAAUUUUGCUAAUUAUGGUAAACAACACAGAGAAUCUUUAUCCCUCAUUCCAAAGAUGCUGCGUCUUUGCAGCAUUAUCAGUUUUUAUGUCAGAUUUUCAGCACCUGCACUAUUUUCUGUUUGUACCAUUGAUUAAAUUGCUGUCUCUCAUAAAUUUGGCAGACUGCGCUUACAUGUGGCCAAAUUAGCAUUGCAUUGUAAAUCAGUCUGAUUUGAACCUUUAUCAGCUUUUUUGCUAAUUUCCUGUUGAUGUGAGAUAUUACUCAGAUAUGGGAAUGUCUAAUCCAAUGACUGGGCAUUACAGAGUUUGUCUAGGUUUCCCAAAUGAGACUUUCUGUUGUAGCAUCUGUUGAUGUGUUGUGCUUUUGACCUCACAUUGGCAUGUUAUUGUGCAAAAUACAUCAGAAGAGAAACUA